GCUUCUUUGAAUAUUAAAGGAGGUAUAAAAAGAAAAAUGAGUAGUUCUGAAGAAGUAUCCUGGAUUUCUUGGUUCUGUGGAUUGCGUGGAAAUGAAUUCUUUUGUGAAGUGGACGAAGAUUACAUUCAGGACAAAUUUAAUUUGACUGGACUCAAUGAGCAAGUUCCCAAUUAUCGACAAGCUUUAGACAUGAUUUUAGAUUUGGAGCCUGACGAGGAUGAGAUUGAUGUAAAUCCAAAUCAAUCGGAUCUCAUUGAGCAAGCUGCUGAAAUGUUAUAUGGAUUAAUUCAUGCUCGUUAUAUUUUAACUAAUCGUGGAAUCGCGCAAAUGAUUGAGAAAUAUCAAAGCGGUGAUUUUGGGCAUUGUCCUCGAGUUUAUUGCGAAAGUCAGCCAAUGCUUCCUUUAGGUCUUUCAGACGUUCCCGGUGAAGCUAUGGUCAAAUCUUACUGUCCGAAAUGUAUUGAUGUAUACACUCCAAAAUCUUCUCGUCAUCAUCAUACUGAUGGUGCAUACUUUGGUACAGGGUUUCCUCAUAUGCUCUUUAUGGUACAUCCCGAAUAUAGACCUAAAAGACCUGCUAAUCAAUUCGUUCCAAGAUUGUAUGGUUUUAAGAUACAUAAUUUGGCUUAUCAAAUACAAUUACAAGCUGCUGCGCAAUUUAAGCAGCCUCGAACAACAAAUUAGCAAUCUGAGAAGCGACAUAGCGAUCGGCUUGUAUGAAUACAUUAGAAAAAGGGAUAUCGCUAAUUAAACAUUUUACAUAAAGUCGUUCAAUAUUUAAUAAAUCACAAGCCAUUACAUCUCACUCUGUCUCUACAAACAACAGCUAAAUUCUGCAUUCUUGUAUAUUUAGUACUUGAAAAUGAAAUGAAAAAAAUGUUAAAUUUAAAAAAAAGAUAAUAUGAAUAAUACUUUAUUGACUGGCGAACACAAUUCUUUUUGACGAUAAAUAAAUGAAAUUAGUAAGUAGAAAACUCAAAAUUCGCCAUUCAUAAAAAACAAACAAAAAAAACAUAAAUUGAGAGAAACUUAGAAGAAAGAUAGAUUUCAAUGAGGUUUUCUUAAUUACGCAUAUAUAAUAUAAAAAAAAAUAUAAUUCAAUGAAUGUGUUUAAUCAAUAAUGAAUACCGAAAAAGAAAAAAAAAAUAAAAUCUCUUAAAAGAAAACUAAAUGAAAAAAAAAUAUCGAAAGGAUUUUAUGUGUAAGUACCGGCAUUCAGAAAAUUUUAUUCAUAAGCAAAGUUGCUAGUGGAAAAAUGAC